AUGGCCACGGCCGCCACCAUCUCCGCCACGCCCCUCGCCCCCCUCCCCUCCUCCCGGCAUGCCUUCGCCAGCCCCAAAAUGCUGCGCUCGCUCCCCUUCCUCCGGCGCCGCCUGCCCUCCCUGGCGGCCGCCGCGGUCAAGCAGGACGCGGCGGUCUGGAACGCGGCCCCCGUCGCCUCCAUCGGCGCGGCCAGCGCCGACGGCUCGCUCUUCCACCUGCGCGUAGACCUCUCCGACGCCGCCGACCUCGCGUCCUCCUUCACCGCGCCGGGGCAGUACCUCCUGGUCCGCGUCCCCGGGGAGGACGACCUCAAGCCGGCCUUCAUGGCCAUCGCGUCGCCGCCGGGGGGAGGCGCCUUCGAGUUCCUCGUCAAGGCCGUGCCCGGCGCCACCGCGGAGAAGCUCUGCGGCCUCCGCGACGGGGACGUGGUGGAGCUCGGCGCAAUCAUGGGGAAGGGGUUCCCGGUCGAGAGGGUGACCCCGGCGGACGCCGCGGAGACGCUGCUCCUCUUCGCCACCGGGACCGGGAUCAGCCCGAUCCGCUCGCUCAUCGAGUUCGGCUUCGCGGCCAAGCAGAGAGCUGACGUGAGGCUCUACUAUGGCGCCAGGAAUCUGGAAACAAUGGCGUAUCAGGAGAGAUUUGCAGAGUGGGAGUCAUCUGGGCUCAAGAUAGUGCCGGUCCUGUCACGGCCAGAUGAUGGCUGGAAAGGUGAAAGGGGUUAUGUUCAGCGUGCGUUCUUGGAAGCCAAGAACAUUGCCAAUCCUGCUUCCACUGGGGCUGUGCUAUGCGGGCAAAGCCAAAUGAUCGAGGAGGUCACCUCGGCCCUUACAGCAGAUGGCGUAUCACAGGAUAAAAUCUUGAAGAACUUCUAG